AUGACCUUUACGGACCGGAUGGCCGCCGGCUCGGGCGCGCGCGCGGUCGCGCAGACCUGCCUCCACCCGAUCGACGUGAUGCGCACGCGGCUGCAGGCCAAAUCCAUCACGUCGGCCCUCGCGCCGCGGACGUUCCUCAAGGGCAUCACGCCGCAGUUCGCGCUCGCCAUCCCCGCCGGCGCGUUGCAGUUCACGUGCUACGAGUGGGCCAAGGAGCGCUUCGCGCGGCGACACAUGACGGGCGCGCUGCCCGAGAUGUCCUGCGGCGCCUUCGGCGCGCUCGGCGCGUCGCUGGUCCUCGUCCCGAAGGAGGUCCUCAAGCAGCGCGUGCAGGCCGACGUCUACCCGAACGUCGUCGCGGGCGUCAGGACGCUCAUGAGGACCGAGGGUCCCCGGGGCCUCUACCGCGGCUAUUUCGCGACCAUCUCGCGCGACGUGCCGUGGAACGCGCUCUCGUUCAUGUUCUUCGGGCAGGCGAAAAAAUACUACGAGUCGAUCGCCGGCCGCGCGCCCGGCAAUCGCGAGAAGCUCGCGCUCGGCGCGCUCGCCGGCACGACCGCGGCCGUCAUCAUGACGCCCGUCGACGUCGUCAAGACGCGCCUCAUGACGGGCGGCGGCGCG